AUGAAGAAUGUUGUCGCGGUAAUAAUCCCGGCGACCUACUUCAUGCCAGGCUUCUUUGUGGCCAACCUGCCCGGCGGCAUGAUGCGACAGCUGCCGCCCAACAACGACUGGACGCUGGCGCUCCCCGUGCCCGAGGACGCCCCCUUCCCCGUGUUCGACGCGGCCGAGGACACGGGCAAGUGGGACAAGGCGAUCGUGCUGAAGCGCGACGAGCUGCUGGGCGAGCGGGUGUACGCUGCGACGGCGUACCUGACGCCCGCGGAGAUCGUUGCCGGGUUCAAGAAGGCGUUCCCCGAGGCCGGCGCGACGGCGACCUUCUUAGCACGUCGCACGAGCAAGAACAUGAGGUUGAUGGCUGAGGGCGGAUACUUUGGUGGGAAGGAGCUUUCGCUGGAUAUCCUUGAGGACAAGCCGACCACCUGGGAGGAGCAUCUGAAGAGCAACCCAGCUACCAAGGACCUGAAGUAG